AUGGCGAACGCUUCGUCCACCAACCCCAUCGACGAAGGCCUGCAGGAUCUGGGCGUUCCGGUUCCGGUGCAGACGUUCCUGUGGCAGCAGAUAGCUCCCUUCAUCCGGCCCAAGCUUGGCAAACUGCACGAAGCCAGCUGCAUGUUCUGCCAACACGCACCCGGACACCAUGAGCUGAAAGAAGCGUGUAAGUCAUUCGAAAAGGUUCUUGUGCAGAACAUACAGUUUGGGCUGUCGCCGUCGCUAACGUCCGCAUUGGAAUCGAUCCCAAGAUGGCGCAUAGUACAGGCCGCUCUGCCACACGUCAUACACUGUGCUGGUGCGCUAAUGCACAACCGUGUGAAAGACCUCCAAGCGCUCGGAUCGGCAGAAACCAAAAUUCUCUACACGCUACACUGGAUUCUGCUGUUCGCCGCCGAGGAAUGUGCCGAUGCCGAAAACGACAAGGAAAACACUACGAACAAUUACCUCUUUUCCAUACCAACGAUAUCGUUGUUCGUGUUCCUGUUCGCACCGAUCGCACACAUGCUAAAGGAGUCGGACUUUCAAAACUUUCGCCUCGAGAAUGGGUUGAAGAUGUGGCAAGGCAUGUGGGAGUACCGGGCACCCAAUGCACCCUGCUUUACGGCGCCCGUGAAACCAAAGGCACGGAAUCUGUUGAGCUCGGUCAGCACCAGCCCAUCGCCGGAAGUUUUCUCACCCAAGAAAGUAGAAAACAUCGAGUCACCUCCGAGCAUCUACUCCGGCAACAUUAAGCAUGACGACGAGCUGUCCUUUGUGUCGUCCCCGAAGGACUCCGUCUUCCCAGAAACGAUCCCGGAGGAGGCGUCCAGCGUCGAGGAGGAACGUGUGGUCAUUUUUCGUCUACCGAUGGAUGGUGGUGUACCGGAUCCAUCAUACUACACGGCUGAUGCGAGCCUGCUACAUCACGGGGCCAAAUUCAACAAGCCUACUCAUCAAACACCGACCAGCAGUGGCUCGCGGCAACAUCCACUACACGCGUCCGAUCAUCGCGGAGAGGCUACCAGCUUCGAUUUUGACAGAAUAGACACCUACAGCAAAGACUCUAAACCCAAAACGAGCUCGUCGACGGAACGGGAGUCUUUCGAUACGGAUCCGAAGAUGUCGCAAGGACAAAAGUGUGACGUAGUGGCGGCCACCUUCCUGGAUGUGGCAGUGUUGCGCUGUCUGUUCAUCUCGCAUUGGCAGGAAGAAGGAGUGUACUGGAGUCUGCACUAUCUGUACAACCGCUUGCGCGACAUUAGCGAGGAAACGUCCGCACUUCCGUCACAUCCGAGACGUCGAUCGAACUCGCUGCCAAUUCCACAGAUUGAGAUAUCCCUCUACCAGGGUCCGUCCAGCAGUCGCGACAGCCCCAGCAUCGGUUCAGCGAACAAGGACUACAUUGAGAUACCGGAUCCGGCCAUCGCAGCCCUGCCCACGGACGCCUCGUUCUACAUCUCAAAGCAAACGUCCGAGGACUCGACGGGCGGUUCGUUAGGUGAGCGAAAGGGCAGUGAGAAAAAGCGCCGCGUCAAGAUGGCCGAUCUGCGUACGCUCAUCGAGACGCGUAUCCUUUCCAAGUCGGAUCGCGGGUUGGAAAAGAUCGGCCUCGAUGCGAACAGCAAUGGAAAGCGCUUGCAGCAGAUGGAAUGCCAUCGCAGUUUGGACACUGGCGAACGGCAGCUGUCCCGCUCGGCAUCGAUGAUAUCGCGGGCUCCGUCGACGAAUCUGGUGAAAGGCAAAAGUAUGCCGAGCUUAAGCUGUCUCAUUGAUGGCGGAUUCCACAGAAUUGCAGAACCUCCACCGAAGGUCAUCCGCAACGUGCAAUCCAAUGUUCCGUCGAGGCAAUCGAGCACGACACCCAAAUACCCCAUCAUUACCGUCACGGAACACACACCGACUCCGUCGCCGGAUUACAUGAAACGACAGGGUUCAAUUGACUCACAGCUGGACGCGCUGAGCGCCGGUGGCAGCACCGGAAUGUUUAAAUCGCAGAUGUUACGUUCCCACACGGACUCGCACAUCGGCUACACCUGUGUGUCCGAUGAAACCGAGGCUCCUGGAUCCUGCUUCUACAUCACGAAAGAGGGCACGAUCGACUACGAAGUUGUCCUGCUGGCCGUACACUGUGUGUUCAAGCGGGACUCGAGCGUUUGCACUCUGCGCGUCCUGGAAGCAGGUCUGAACAUCUGCGAGAUAUUGCUUGAUCUAGGCGUACUAAAGAUGGGAGAUCAUGCCCACUCACUGACCAUCGGUAUAGUAAAGCGAGCGUUCAUGCAUCUCGGAUGUCCACAUGGCUGCAACGACGCAAACCGCGGUCCACCGGCGGAAGUGCUUCGAACCACGUGCAACUCAAUCUUGUCACGGUUGCUGCGCCAGAACGGCAAGAUCCUCAAAGCUAACCUACGAUCCUUCAUCAAGGAAUCGCCACUUCACGAGAUCACCGACUUUUUCCACGCGUAUUUGGGCUUUUGCGUCGACCCGAGCUCCCUGCUGUCGCCAUUGAACCAUAAGAGAUCAUCUGGCAUAAAAUCGUUGAACGCUGACUUUGGCGGUAUAUCAGGCGGCCAGGGCGGGUAUGCGACCAACUUCGGCAGCGGACUUACGGGCGGCACGGAGAGCCAGCUAAUUGGGGCCGUCUUCAAGACCCUCGCCAGCCGGUUAGUGCAGUCACUCAAGGAGCUCAAGUCCCAGGACAACCUCUCGCUGUACUGCGACAUCCGGCAGCUCAUCACCUACGUCAAGGGUGCCCACGGUGGCCCAUUCCGGGUGGUGGCCCUCAGCGGCAUCCUAGCCGUGACACCACGUCCACACAAGCAGGCUCCCAACAUGCAAACUACGCGCGUUAUUCGGCACCUGCCGACGAACGACAUACAGCUGCUGCAGCAGGACGAGAAAGCGCAGCGGAAGCUGCUGUUCAAGAAGAAGAGCACCUCCUCGACGUGCGUCAUCGUUCCUUUCCUGUUGCAGCUGUUAGAGACAGAAGGGUUUGAGGAGCCACGGCUGGCGAGCCAAAGCCCGCUCAGCAAUCUGCGCCGUAAGGGGCCGCAAGUGCGGCCCACACUAACCCCUCGUCACAGCGAGCGGGCUCUUCUUUCUGAUUCUACUUCCAGCUCGGAGCGCAACUCCGUCGGCCGUUUGACCGGAAUCGUGCGUUGGUUCCGCCGCUCGAAGGACCCCGAGUCGGUCGAUCUGGAAUCGGGCAUCCUGGCGGCGGCCAGUGGGUCCGAUUCGUUUCCCAACUUCAUGCGUAAGGGUUCGUUAAACUUUCAGGCACGCAGUCGCGCCACCGAAGGCAUCGGUAGGUCGAUUCAGAAGGCGAAGCGGCGUCUCAACCGGCUCGGGUUGGGCAAGGGCAAGAAAAAGCAGGGCGGCACCGAGGACGUGGGUGGAAGUUACUUUAGCCGCAGAAGUUCGCUGGAUGUGAGUGAUGGUCCACGCGAGUCCGAAGUCGUAGUGCUGAAGGAACGCAGGUUGAUUCCGAUAACACCUGUUCGAGAAGGGAUGGCACGGUUUGCGCUGUUGCUGGAGGUGUGUGCUCCAGGAUCAGUUCCGGAUCCGGCGCUCAUUACCGCACUUCUGGAUUUGCCUCAAGCGCCGAUCGUGGCUAGGGCUGCGUUCUUGAUCGAGUGUGCCCAUUUCGUGCAUCUGUGCAAUCGUGGCCAAUGGCCAUCGUGGAUGAAACAGAACCUGCCCGUGUUCCGACCGUCCGGACCGGCCAUGGGAACGCGUACCGCAAUGGCGGCUGGUACUCGGCGUGCGCACGUACUCCAGCGGGCUGCUGGCAAGAUGUUCCAUCAGUGGGGCGAAGCCUUGGGCGCACGAUUGAACGAGAUGAUCAACAACGAGAAGCUUGCCUCGGAGCAGCUGGCUGCCAGCCUUGCCGAUCCGGAGAAGCAAAAGCAGCUGCUGCAACAAGAUGAAGAGGAGGACUUUCUGGACGAAACAAGCGUCAACCCGCACGGUAACGACUGUCCACCGGCACUGAAGCUGAUUGCUUGCGUGUUGCUGCUCGAGAUCACUGCGUUUCUGCGGGAAACGUACCAAACGCUGCCAAAAGCAUCGAGACUUUCCACCAAAGAAAAGCACACUCCGUGGGAUAAGGUGUGCCGCGGCGAAACAAAUCGUCGUUGGUCGAUGGCCCUGAGCUCGAUGGGUGGCCACUCGCAGACGUCGGCCCAAAGCUUGCAAUCCAUCGCAGGGCAAACGGAGCGGAAGAUCUCCUUUGUGCUGCAGGAACCGGACAAUGAGUCGGAGAACAGCAGCAACACGACGCUCACCAUUCAGGGCGAGGAGAAUGUACAGCAAGGGCAGAAGCGCUCGCUGGCCACUUCAAGAAACUUUCUGCUUCGUCGCGGUACUUCUGCUACACCAGCCGGGGGUUCGUUCAAGCGACGGUCACUAAAGCUGCGCCGGGGAGCCAAGGACCUGAAGGAAGUCGAAAAUGAAUACCCAGUACGACGCACAGAUUCCAUUCAGUCUAAACGGAAGGUAUCGUCGCUCUCCGACAGAAGCGACAACUCUGAGCCAGGCCAAAUAAGCGGUGGAGAAGAAUCUCCUGGAAUUCUAAGCGAUGAUCAACCGCCCGAGUCUCCUUGCGACUCAAACGAUUCGGAUGAAACGACUAAAAAUCUGCCCUGGCUUAAAUCAGUUUCGAAUUUCUUAGAAUCUUUCAAUUACUACUGCGACCAUCAGAACUUUUGCCACCCGUGUUGCUAUCGGCGACAUAUGAGAGCAGCCACAAAGCUUAUACGAGCUAUUCGCAAGGUGUAUGGCGAUGAAUUCGGUAUGACACCUCUAUCCUAUGCGCAACCCAACGAAUCGGCCAAAGGAACGACACGGCGCGAGCGUUCCAAGCAAGGACGCAAGGUUUCCGACCAAAGUUCAUCUCAAACAUCGCCUUCCAAGCGCAAAGACAGCGUUACCAAACGAGACCGGUAUGUUUUCUUCCAUUUUUCUUAAGGACAAUACGUUUCUAAGCCCGCAUACGCACACUUUUCCAGCAUUUUACUACAAGAUGAAUCCGAACCGAACACAUCCCAAUAUUCAACCUUCAUCCACGAACCGAAGCUCCAUCAAGAGGAUCCACCGGUACUGAAGUACAUCAAAAACCAAGUGCGUGACGUGUUCCAUGCCCCUAUCGCAUCUCUCGUCAAGGGUGCCGCCGUGCUGACGGAGGAGCAAUUCGUCGAGGUCAUCCCGAUCGCCUGGGAGCUGUUGCUGGAAACCGACCAGGAGGUAUCAGCCGCAUCUGCGGCCCUGUUCAUACUCGCCUCGGUCAAGGCACCGAAUACGGCGACGGACAUAAUGCAACGCUCGCUGAAAAACAAGUGCCCAAACACGCGAAUCCAGGCCAUUUUGCGCUACCAGGUACUGUGGAAGAACCGCUUCCAGGUGUGGCCUCGUAUGGAGGAAGGAGCCCAUCUAUCGUUUAAGGUGCCACCACCUGGCAUCGAGUUCACACUACCGUCUCCAAAGAUCGGUAUCGAAAGCCUACCGGUGGUGGAUCCUCCCUGGAUGCCACGCCAACAGAACAAGGAUAUGGAGGUCACUCUGAACCAGGAACGACAUCGCUCGCUGGUGACUGCAACAAAAACGCGAAAGAAGCAGCAAACGGAGGCCAUCCGUCACGCUAUGCUGCAGCAGGAGGACAAACAACGCUCGGAACGACAAAGCUUCCUUAUCACCACGAUUCCUGUCACGCAGCAGGCUGCCCACGAACCGGGGCUGGAUCACGGACCGACCGAGGAUCACGUUGAGGAGGAAGAGGAUGGCACCAGGUCUGCUAUUCACAUGCAUGCCGCCCACUCGCUGUUCCCUUCGUGUCUGUGCUCGUCCGUGAUGCAGAUCGUCGCCUGUCUGGAUGAUGCCGCGGUUAACGCGGACGGUUGCGCCGUUUACGAGGUGGCGUAUCAGGUGAUCUGGAUCUGUUUGGUCGAGGAUUCGGCGCUGUUCCUGCGAUACGUGCUGGAACGUUUGACCAGGGACCACCAGGAUCAGAUGUUCAAGUUGUUGCGGCAUUUGAUCCGGUUCGUGCCGAGGUUACCACAGCAAGCGGCUUUUGCCCUGUACAACUACAUCAUCGGAUAUGUCAUGUUUUACGUGCGCUCGACGCACGAAUGCAGCCAACAGCUUGUCGGGUCCGCCUUGUCGGUGUUGUGGAUGGUAGUGCACAGUGUCCAUGGAAUCAUGUUUAAGGAUUUGAAGCAAAUUCUUCGCAAAGAACAGUGCGACGCAUCGAUACUCCUCACGGCCAACGUUCCCUCGGCAAAGAAAAUAAUCGUUCAUGGACCGGAAGACGAAGGUGGUAUCCCGUCCCAGUUUCCGGUACAAGAGGACACGCAGUUCUCUCAGUUGCUCAACGAAUCGUUGGAUUUCUUCGGCAUCGACGAAAAGAAGCACGCCCAACACGUGCUGGUGGACUACAAAAGCCACCAGAUCCUGAACCCCAACUGGUACGUACGCGAUCUGUAUUUCUUUAAGCGCUCCCAGUACCCGCAGCUGCGCCUGGUGGAGAUGAAAACGGAAGAAUCGUUUAACGCGCUGCAGCGCCAGGAGCUGUGCAAAAAGUUCGUUGAGAUCGGAAAAGUUCACCUAACGUGGGCCAUCCUCAAGAACGUGGAUAUGGUCGUCCAACGGGUCGUUUUUCUGCACGAGGAGCUCAUGAAGCUGCCAUCGUUCCCACGGAAGGCUCUGGAGGUGGAUCUCGAUCUACACCAAGGUGGCGAACUGGGUAAAGAACUGCUCGGGCUGGACGUGCUGCACAAGUUCAUGUGGGUGCGACUGAUAGCGCGCAUGUUCGAGGCGAUGGCCGGCAACUUCGCCUACUCGGCCGACAUUCAGCUGUUCUUGAACGUGCUGUCAGGAGCCGCGCUGCUACACUCGGAGGACUCGUGCAUCAUGCGCUACGUGACGGCCACGUUCAUCAAUGCGGCUUCGAACUUCAAGAACAUCUUCUCAACAAACGGUUACUUCAUGAUCAUGCCGGCGCUGUUGCAGGUCUACUCUUUGCACCAGACGAACAAGCUCGUUACCACCACGAUCGAGUACGCCGUGAAGCAGUUCUACCUGCUCAACCGGAAGCCGUUCAUUUUGCAGAUGUUUGGUUCUGUCUCGGCUAUCCUCGACACGGAUGAAAACGGCACGUACGGCGAGGCACACAAGGUCCAGUCGAGCUGUUUGUUCAAUCUGCUGCUCAGCUUGGAGACACCGUCGCCGGACCCGCUCAACAUCGCCGAGCUGGUGAAGGAGCCGAAGCCACUGAAGGCGAUCGAUUUCUGCUACCACGACGAGGACGAAAUGGUGACCGUGCUGGACUGCAUCACGCUUUGCGUGAUGGUUGUGUCAUACUCGGCUGAAAGCACCCGCGGGUACCAGAUGCUGAUCAUCCUGGAGGCCAUCUUGCCCUGCUACAUGCAGCAAAUCCAGUCUUCGUCGUACAUCCCGCUGGAAGGAAAAUGCGAGCGUGAUAUUAUUCUUCAGCUGGCCGUUACGAUACGCACUAUGGUGCACAACUGUGAGGGACUAUCGAAGAGCUACAAUGGUCCAUUCCGCAACAGCCCCGAGCACAAGGGAUCGAGCCAACGGAACUGCUCUCGAGGGCCGCCAUGUUCGCCCGGACUGGACUACGACGAUGAGUCACACGCCAAGUAUGUCAGCGAUAUAGGCCGCUCAAAGAUGCUGAACGAAUCCGUCGACGACUCCGAAACGAUCCGCGAGUACAGACGUCCCCGGGAUGUGCUGUUAUCGGUGGUGGGUGAGUUCAUCAUCCAGGCUUCUACGCGUCUCGCGGAGCUGGCUAGGAAACAGGGUGAAGCCAAACCUAUGGAGCUGCUGGACGUCAAGUGCCACGUGCGGUUGGCAGAAAUCGCACACUCGCUGCUAAAAGUGUCCCCAUACGACCGAGAAUCCAUGGCUUGUCGUGGGUUACAACGGUACAUGCUGUGCAUCUUCCCACGCGCUGAAUGGGCCGACGAUCACGGCAUGAAACCGACACUGGUGACCAUCCUACGCCGGUUGGACAAGGUGUUCUUGAAGAUAUCGAAAAAGUCGUCCGUACGGCGCAACACGAACUGGGAGGCGGCCGCUGGGCUGUUGAAGGGAGUCUCCGAGGCCAUCAUUCGCUAUCCGCACAUCCUGCACUGGCGCGAAAUGAAGGCGCUGCUAACGAACGUACAGAACCUGAUUGUGAACGAACCUGGCAACUUUCCCGAGGGUGUCUCGGGAGCCGGUGCUGCCCUGAUGUCGAAGAGUCCGCCAGCCUUCUUCUGCUCCAAUGUGGUGCGACUGGUGGCGUUGCAGGUGGUCAGCCCAAUUGAUUCGCUUUCUCACGGUCUGGAGCAGAUCUGCGGUGGUAGCGCUGAUUUUCCCACACAAGAGAAGGCCGAAGGAUUCAUGAUGCACCUGCUGAUGCCGCUGUGUCUGAAGGUGUGCAGCGGUCGGGGCAUAUUUGACGUCGGUGAGCUGAAGCAGUCAGAUAUCGCCUUCCUCGUGACGGCCGUGCUGAACGCGAUGAGCCCGGUCGCCGGACGGACGGCACAAUCUGGGAUGCAGACGAACCGCACCGGGGCUGAUCUGCGUGCUGGAUCGCUUACGUUCACUGGAAGCCGGGAUGCGAAGCGGCCAGCAAAAAUUUCCAGCUCCCUGUACCAGGCCACCUUUUUGGCGCUGCGUGUCCUGUGCAUCUGCUUCGAGACGCGCCUCUCAAACGAAUGGCCACGUAUUGCCCGGGUGAUGCGCGAUUUAGGACGACGCAACGAGGCCGCACCUGAACUGUGGAGCUUCCUGGAGUUCGUUGUUACCCAGCGUACUCCACUGUACAUCGUGCUGAUGCCGUUCAUUCUGCACAAGAUCUCGCAACCUCCCAUCGGAGACCACGAACGGCACAUGCAGUUCCUAAUUCGCGAACGCAUGCGCGGCACCCAACCAACGGGAGGUACCAAAUCCCGCGGGGCGAUCCUACUGGAGCUGUCGCGGGAAUUACGCGAGUUGAGGGAAGAACUGGAAACCAGACGCUACGAUCGCGACAUGUCCACGGAAACGUCGAAGAGGGACAUUCCGAACAUUCCACCGACAACCGAGCAGCAACCCGCCGUCCGGCAUCAGCAGCGUCCAUCGCUGAUAUCGAUGCUAACAGGUGUACAACCACCGGCCGGAUUUCCUUCGUCGCUUCAGCAACAGGACGCUCGCAGUGUCACCGGAAUUUGUACAUCCAGCGACACUCUGUCCCAGCAGACGUUGCAGGCUCCCAAGGGCGAAUCCUUGUCCAGUUCCACAACGACCACGAACCGGGAGGCGGGAUUGGUCGCUGACUCGCAGAGUGGCGAUCUAACGCUCACGUCCUGCACGUUGGCAGAUGCAGGUUCUGUCGACCUGCAGGCUACACCGAUCGGACUCCGCGAGGACACCGGGAUGGGCGGAAAUGGUCCACAUUUGUCGCACUCCGUUUCGCUGCAGGCAUCGGCCGUCAAGACACAACCUCCACGACUCCGGUUCGUGUCGUCGGUAGAGUUUAAGACGUCUUCCGGUGAAACGUCAACUACGCCACUGUCACCUGACAGUCUGGCGGAUGAUAGCUCGGGUGAAAACCACAACAAGCACCGGCUGCAGCGAUCUCGCGCCCAAAGCCGUAAGACGUUCCGCAACCGGCGUGGCAUGCGGGCGAACAACUUCAGCGAAUCAAGCUACACUUCAACUGCCGCCAGUGGUCCUGGUUUAGCCAUGGUGGGAUCGUCAACCCCGGCUGUCGGCAGUGGAACGUCCAGUGUUGCAGGAGUGCCGGGAGUCGGUGGAACCGGUGUGGCCGGUGGUACCUCGACGAUGCCACCGAUCGUGAAUGAACCGCCAUUUGCGGAACCAUUGAACCGGGCCAUUGCUACACUGGGGGACCUGAGCUGGGACUCGGUCUCACAAACGUCUUCCACCUCCGGUUACCGCGACAAUUACAGCCUACAAACAGGGCUCCUGUCGCCGGAUGGAUCACUUUCCGGGAAUGCUAUGGGCGGGCGAUCCUCGUCGCAACACUCACUGCUGAUGCUGUUUGAAACGCAGGACGAGGAUACACUCAUUUAA